UGUAACCUUCAACAACCAGAUACGAUAUAUACCAGAUUACCCACACACAGCAUUAAAUCAUACAGUUUUAGCUCGACUGGAAAGAGAUGUUCCAUCCAUUCAAGAGGCUCCCGCUCGAGUUGCGCAUUGAGAUAUGGCUCUAUGCAAUGCCCGAGCCUCGUCUCGUCAAGCUCCUAGAACACGUUGCGGAAGAAUACAAUGAGGACGAGUACAAUCACGAUUUAUUCAGCAAGCUCUACUGCAGUCCUGCCGAAGUCCAUGAUUUUGACCUACAAUAUCUGGAUUGCCAUGACGAGGAAUAUGAUGACGACGAGUGGGAUCCAGUGAGGAUCUGCUAUGCUCGGUCAUCUCUACCCUCUAUGUACAAAAUCGACCCAAGCUUGCAACACUUUAAGCAAGCUUGGAAGUUUCCACCUGACAGACCGGAAGGCAAAUUGCAGACUCAGUUGGAACGCUUCAACUUUACUUCAAGCUAUCCCCGACCAGAAAUGCCGUUGCAUCUCCUCAAAGAUUGCUCAGACAUGGUCGAGGUCUUUGACGCGACUCGCCGUGGUUAUCUAUGGAGUAGUAGUCCUAUACCUGCCCUACUCCAUACUUGCAAAGAGUCUCGCAACGCAAUGCAGCGUGCCGGGUAUGAGCUGACAUUCCGGCAUCGCACCUCUGGUCCAAGGAUCUGGUUCAACUUCAACCACGAUACGCUCUAUCUUAGAAGGGCACCAAUUCGUGAUUUCCGAGGAGAGGGCCUGUCUAGGACACUUGAUCAGGGUCCAUGGAACCUUGGUCAACUAUCACCCAAUGAUCUGGCACGAGUGGAAAGGGUCGCUUUGGAAAAUAUGUUGACAGGAAAUGUUACGAGUCCACGGGAAGACUUCGAAUCGCAUGCUAUUCGAUUGUUUGGUAACUUGAAGGAAGUCCUGCUAGUGAGGAAUCAUAGACCUGCUAAGCUUGAGUUGGAGUACGGCAGUAAUGAGUAUGAUGUGGACUAUAUACCUGAUUAUGAUGAGGGUGAAGAUGAGUGGGGUCACAUUGAGACUGAGACUGACUUGUGGCGACCCAUGGAUUAUACCACUGCUGACAUAUUCUCGACGCGUUGGAUUGAGCGAGAUAGGUACAUCUUCUCAGAUCUGCGCUUUAGUCAUCUUCGUAAUGGUGGUAACGAGGAGUCUUACUGGACCACGACAGCGGGCAAGCUUGAGAAGUUUUUGAAAAGUCAACAAGAGUGGGCUGUCAAGUGUGAUAUCCCUCGAUGGAACAUACCACGCGUCCGUAUUGUACAGGUUGUUACGAGGUCACAGGCGGAGGAGAUCAUAUGUCAUCGUCAAGAAUACGCAAAGCGUGGCCAGCAUCGAGAACAGAUGACGCCUCCGGUAUUAGCUGAGGAUGAGGCUUCUCGGGCCGAAGUACAAUCCAGCCAGUACUUGUAGCUGGUCAAGUCUUUCAUCUGAAUCUAUAGGCAUCAAAAAGGCCACCGCUACUAUGUAUGAGCAAAACAUCAUAUCUCCCUAAGAAUCACGUGGCCGAGACUGGCGACAUUUUGCACGAUGUUUGGAUUGGAUUCUUAUUCUUCCCCAAUUGUGGCCAUCGAGCUAGGAUUGGUCUCUCUCGAAUGCAGUCAGCCACAUUUCCGACAUCAUGAAGACACCGUGGCACUCCGACAUCAAUGGCUAAAAGGGAUUCACGACAUUGAAAUCAAAAUUUCGAAGAAGCUUUUAGUUUCGUCAGUGCAGUUCUUUUGCCGACAUAGAUGAAUAGCUUACCUCGACGAAAAUCUUGUUCAGCUCCAUCAUCGCAAUGUUCUUUCCUAGACACUGAUACUUUCCAUAGCUGAAAAUGAGUUCCAGAGUACUUUCCAUAUCUUUGAGCUUGUCAGCAGUUUCUUCAAUCCACCUCUCUGG